CGUUCCUAACCUGACGACACAACAUCACAUAAUAUACACAUUACAGCCGAAUCGCACUCAAUUCACAGGUGCUGUUCUGCGCUCUUUGGAGAGACAUCAUGGUCUCGCGCACAAGAACCACAAUGUCUAGCGACAACAUGAGCGACAGCAACCCUGGAUCGUCACCGGAUCCUCUCAAUGCCUCAAUUACGGAGUCUGCAAUACGGCGCAGAAUAACACGCCCUUCUAGAGACCCUCUAACCUCUAGCUCACCGAGCAAGGUCAAUCGCAGUCUUAAUUUUAUCGACCAAAUGCAGUUAUCACCCUCCAAGUCAAUGGUCAUGAACACAGGCCGUGAGGGUGGCGCAAGCCCAUGGCGCAUCAAAGUAACAGUGCAAGCGGAACCCGGAAGCGGAUCAGAAAACAGUAACCUUGAUUCACCAUCUGUAAAGAGGUUCACACGAACGACAACGACUACUGUACCUCUCAAAGAUGACGACACUUCUUCACCUAUCAAACGCCGUGGUCGUCCUAGGAAGUCGGGAUCUGGCCCAAGUGCUAAACCAAAGCGAAGCGGAACACCCAUUAAAAGACGUUCACCUUCCAAGCGAGGUAGCUCCAUUUCUGCGCCCGACGAAGACCCAUUCACGGCGGCUAUGGAUAUUCAGCCUAAGCGGCGCAGGGGCCGCCCACGUAAGAGCGUGCAACUGGAGCCUGAGAACAUGACGCCAGACGUCGAGCAAACAAGCAUUGAAGAUGCGUCUCCCAUGGAGAAUCCCAUAGACGACCAUCAGGAAGAGAACGAGGAAAUUAUUUCCGAUGAUUCGAGAGAGGUCCGGGGCAGUAUUGAUCGAGUCUCUCCUCUGCUCCCUCACGGCACGCCAACCCCAUCAAUCCAGUCCUUGACGGGAUCUUCACGAGCAUCAAGCGAGGACUCAAUCGACAAGCCCAACGAACCCCCAAGCAGGCGUCGAUUAGUUGGCCGCAGUGUCACCAUUGCAAGUGGGAGUAUCACAACCCCAACGGCAAAUGCUACAUCUCGUAAUUUACGGGAGCGCAGAGGAACCCCACAUGCAAAAGUUGCAGCAAUCUCCCUGGACUCCUCAGAGGAUGACGAGGAUAGCCUCGACACACCCCCUGACAGCGAUGAAGAAAACGCUGUCGGUGAUAUCCAGCCUAUACCAAGUCCGUCAAUGGAACCAUCUUCUCAAUCUGCCCCAGGCGAAGAGGACGAUAUCGAUGAUCGCCAGAACGCCACCGUCUAUGCAUUCGAGGAGGGUACGACAAGAUUGCCAGACGACACGACUAUUCUAGAAAGCGAGCACUUCAGUAUGAUCUCCGUUGAUUCAUUGAGGAGUAAUGGAAGCCCAGUUAGCCCGGUCAACAGGUCCAUCGUACAGACAUUGGAUAGGCAAGCUCUUCAGUCUGCGGUUGUUGAACAGCCUCAGCAUGAUACAAGCCAGCAGUCCGUCAGGGCUCAAAGAAGCAGUAUGGCUUCCCAACUACAAGCAGAUCUGUCAUCGACUAGAAGUUCAUCGGCAUCGCUGGCACCUGAAAGCGUUCCCGUCAUUAAGGCGAGGCGUGAAAUAACACCAGUGAUGCAAACACGAUCACCCUCAAAUCCGCCUGCAAUCGUAUCUGCACCUUAUUCACCAUCCGAAGUUCAGACCCCAAAAAUCGGGCGUGUUGUCAAGGCCGGUGUAGCUUUGCAGGGUGUUGUAGAUCCUGAAAGACUCACGCCUUCUAACCAGGUGUCCAACCAACGCACACCUAACCAUACGAACCCUCUUGAUGAUUUGUUCAGGGGGUUCAGCGAAGGUACAAGAAGGCAACUCCAGGCUGGGCUUCGACUUGGCGAGCAACUAGCUCUGGAGAGUGAGGAUAGUCAGGCUAGCCAGAGACUUCCACCGGCUAUGUCAAGCCCAGUCAAGGCACAGGAGAGGAAUUCUGACGCAGAGCAUGUACGUUCUGAGAAGCAGAAGCAGCACGAGUCCCGAUUGCUGACCCCCGAGGACCAGGAGGAUUACAAUUACUCAGCAUCGCCUCACGUCGAAGAUACUCAAGUCCAGUACCCAUCAUUGCCGGAUGAGAGCGUGAGCAGUCAACUCAUGAGUCCAACAAGCGCAAGCAGUGAAGACGAAAUGAGCUGGCGUGUCGAUACGCCUCCUACGCGAACAGGAGGUGUCGAUGCAUAUACUACGAAUGCAUUUCAUGGGCCUGAGAACGUCGGAAGUGCUCAUAGCGUUGACGAUAUGGAAGCGCAUGGACUCGACACGGAAGAUAUAUCGGACGUAUGGCAAGAGGAAGCCAGCCGAUCACAGCACGUGCCAGUAGAAACACAGAGCUUGGAAGCUGAAAAGGAGCCCUCAUUUGUUGACUUGCUCGUCGGUGAGGGUCAGGCCAGACCAGCCAGGGCGAAACUUCCGAAAACAUGGAGACGCAAGAGCUCUAGUAAUUUCAAUUACAGCGACGAGCUUGAGGAACCACAACCAGAGCCCUCUGCCACAUCGCCAAACGCGCCAGAAGAACACUCAAACAGCAGUCUAGCGAACCUAUCGGCAGCGCAAGAUCCAGCUCAAUCCCAAUCAACUAGGGCAGUUUCAAGGAAGAGGCAGUUUCUUGAGCCCCCGACAUCCGAGGGUGACAGCGAUAAUGAUAAUGGUAGUGAGGCCAGUGACGACACAGAUGCUGGAAUGUUCUUCCAGUCAAAUCUACCAUCUGUCUUCAAUAAGAAGCGUUCCGUGGAGCUCAGACGACGUAAGGCGGAGAAGCUCGAUUUAUCUCUGCUCCUCGCGGAAGGAGAGAGCUUGAUUGCAGACUCUUCCCCAGCAGCAGUCACCAAGACGCCUGGAGAAAAGAAAAAGAACCCUUUCAAAGACACUCCUCCCAGGUUUCCACAAACCUUAGGCUCCCCCGCGAAAGGCAGUCCUCUACGACACGAAAUUCGUGCUUCAGAUUCUGAGCAUAGCACCAUGCACACAACAAGUAUGCUGGAGUCUACGCUUCCACAAAGCUCACCCUUUCACACCAUUGUGGAUGAUUCCAAGGUUUCGGUCGCUUCGGACGUGCGACAACUCCAGAAUGAGCUUCAAAACGCGCAUACGGACUCAAGCGUAAGACAUGUCCGAGAGGAGGCUGAUGCACAUGCAUUGGCGUAUGAGUCCCAGUAUAGGACACUUGAAGAGAUUGAAGAGGUCACUGAACUUUCAAGGACGAAAAACUCCACCCUGCUACCCUCUUCACCGCCAGCAAUGGCCGCCCAUUCAAGUCCUCUACGAAAAACCCGCGAAUAUUCGUCAUUGUUUGGGGACUCGCAGUUCACGCCUGGUGAGAAGAGGCAAAGGUCACUACUAGGGAAACGCCCAGUCCGUGGCCCUCUUCCCCAGCCCGAAAUUGCCGUAACGCCGCCUGUGGAAGAUGCGGAGCAAGCUUUACCUAACAGUGGCGGCUUCUUUGGCCUGGUCUCUUCACUCUGGGGAGGUCGCAGUGCCGAGGCCGCAUCGGUGUUACAUCCUAUCGCCUCACAAUUUGACGCUCUUCCAAAGGUAGCACCGUGGACAAAGACCCACUUCAAGACUCUGGACAACAUCUACAAUCUCCACAAGAAGCAAGCCACACUUUUCAAGCCAUCACCUCCGUCUCUCCACGCAGAUACAAAUAAAAGACUCCUGGAGGAGUUCCUGUCUAACAGCAACUUACCCUUCGUCGGAGCUCGAUACACCUGCUGGGGCUACGAAGUCACCAUGACCGAGUCCCUCGUCACCGUAUGCGCAGUCUUCAUGCAGCUCCUAUCCCUCCAAGACAUCGCAGAGUACGAGAAAACGUACGGCAAGAACAUUGAGGUUGUCCAGCGCAACAGCCCCCAAGAACCGGGCCCCGCGUUCAAAGAGGAAGACAUCGUGCAGCGCCUAGCGACAAUCAUCAUAGGAGACGACCUCAGGCGAGACGAAAGGAGGGGUAAGAGGGUCUUUAAGAGGGGAACUCUCCAAGUGCAGUGGCCUUCUUCGACGUAGAAAAUUUUGGUCAGGGGGCGCGGGAUCGCUCGAUGUUUGCUAGGGCUCUUUGCUUCAGGGGCGCGUAUACCAGGUGUUGGUUUGACAAAUUGGGAACAGGGUGGGCGUUAUAACAUGAUGAAAAUGAUUGGCGUUACGGUUUAUCUUGUUUGCUUUUAUUUCCUUCUUCCAACGGGGGAGUUUUUCUGGGAACGGUUUUUGCGAUAUCACGGUGCGGGAACAGGCAGGAAAAGGAACGGAUGAUGCGUACGCGAUGUAAUGAUUACGAUGAAAAUUUCUGGAUUUUUGUAUGUGA